AUGGAGCAGAAGGAAGGGAAGCCCUCAGAGGAUGGGACCACCGUCACCCCAACCGCAGAGGACCCUGGGUCGCCAGCAGAUGGGGCUCCUGCAGAAGAGACCCAAGGCACAGCAGGGAAGACCAUGGACGAUCCCGAUGGGGCAGGAAAGCAGGACAAAGCACCUGCCCAGGAUGGCAUUGCAGCGGAAUUCCAGGGUGAGGCAAAUGGGUUAGAUGAGGCCAAGGUGGAAUCCCAGACCGAGGCUGGUAGGAAAGAGGAAGCCGAGGCUGAACUUAAAAAGGAGGAGGAUGAGAAGGAAGGGACCACAGCAGCUUCUCAGGAGACUCCUGGUGGGAAAGAAGAGACCCGAUGUGAACCCGAGGAGGUUGAGGAGAAACAGGACAGCACACUGGGCUCUGAGACGCUGGAGGCGGAGGAGAAGGAGCCCCAGGCUGAAUCUGGGGAGAAAGCUGAUAACAAUGACAAAGACAAGCCUGAACCUCAGGACGCUGGUGGGGAGGAAGCCAGGGAGGAAGCCAGGAAGGAAGCCAGGGAGGAAGCCGAGAUGGCCUCCCAGGAGGAGAAGGACAAGAGGGAGGAGCCCAGGACUGAACCCAAGGAGAAAGCUGCUGAUGAGGCCAAGACUGACUCCCAGGAGGCUGUGGUGAAAGAUGAGGCUGAAACGGCACCUAAGGAGGCUGAUGGGAAAGAGGAGGCCGAAAGUGAUGCGAAGGAGGAGGCGGUGAGUGAGGCAGAGGAGAGGGAAGACAAGGAGCCAGGCAGUCCCAGUGAAGAACAGGAGCAGGAGGUGGAGAAAGAGCCGGAGGGCGGGGCAGGGGCGGUGCCCAGCUCCCCCGAGGCGUGGCCUGAGAGCCCCACAGGGGAGGGCCAGGGCCUCAGCCCAGAUGGGCUGGGUCCAGACUCUGCAGCCUCCCGAGAGACCAGCCCUGCAGCCAGUGGGUCUUCAGCCAGCGAUGCACCCCAGAGUCCCCCAGAGCCCCCUCCUUCAGGGGAGAAGAAGAAGGAGAAGGCACCCGAGCGCAGGGUGUCAGCCCCCCCCCGGUCCCGGGGCCCCCGUGCACAGAACCGCAAAGCCAUCGUGGACAAGUUCGGCGGGGCAGCCUCAGGGCCCACAGCCCUGUUCCGGAACACCAAGGCAGCCGGGACAGCCAUUGGCGGGGUCAAGAACAUGCUCUUGGAGUGGUGCCGUGCCAUGACAAGGAAUUAUGAGCACGUGGACAUCCAGAACUUCUCCUCCAGCUGGAGCAGCGGCAUGGCCUUCUGCGCCCUCAUUCACAAGUUCUUCCCCGAUGCCUUUGACUACACAGAGCUGGACCCCACGAAGCGCCGGCACAACUUCACCUUGGCCUUCUCCACAGCAGAGAAACUGGCCGACUGUGCACAGCUGCUGGAGGUGGAUGACAUGGUGAGGCUGGCAGUGCCCGAUUCCAAGUGCGUCUACACCUACAUUCAGGAGCUGUACCGCAGCCUCGUGCAGAAGGGACUGGUAAAGACCAAGAAGAAAUGAGGGAGGAAGUGGGUGGGGGUGCGCAGGGUGUGCAGUUCACCAGCCAAGCCCUGGAGGCUCGCUUCCACUCCACAGAGGGCUCGGGCACAGGCAGGUGGCACCAGUCU